GUUCGGGCACGGGUCCCGUCCUCCUCUGACUCCCCGGACCUCCCCCUCCCACCCGCCCUCGGGAUCGACUAGAUUCCUCCCCCUCCCUGAGGAUUCCGGCUGGAUCCCUGCCCCUGCACCGCGGAUCCUGCGCUCCGGGGCCCUGAGCCCCUGGGGAUUGCCGUGGACUCCUCCUUCAGCACCCGAUCCCUUAGGAUCUUCCGCCCGGACAGCUUUCUGGUCCCUCGAAGCCAGCCCACGGAGCCAGUGGAUCUCCAGUCCAGUCUUGUCCCGUCGUCCCCUCCUUGCUUUGCCGUCCCCUUUGGGGGGUUCCCUGUUCUCAGGCUCCCCCAGACCCCAUCCCCUAGCUCUCCUUUUCCCAGGGAUCGACUGGAUCCCGGCCCCGCCCCCCGGGGCUGGGGCGAUCCCCCUCCCCCUCCCGGUGAGGCGCUGCAGGCGGGGGCUGGGCCUGCGGGGCCGCGGGGGCUCAGAGGCUGCCGCCCCCCUCCCGAAGCCCGUCGGCCCCCUACUCGGAGCCCUGGAUGGAGGCACCACGGCCCCAGGGCUGAGCCAGGUCGGACCUGCCUUCACCUUCUCCCACCUUCUUCCCCUUCCCCACCCCUUGCCCCCUCCAUGGAGAGGAACAGACUCCUCUGUCCGGUGUAACCCAGGUCCCUCCCCAUACCCCUCCUCCCUCAUUUCCCCUGCCCCCUCCUGCCCCCUGGGGCGAGGGGGCCUCCCUCCCUCUCCCCCCCUUCUCUCUCUCUCCGAGGGGGGGGGUCCCGGGGAGGGAGGGGGGGGUCCCCUGAUCAGCAUGUGGCUCCUGGUGCUGUGUCUGGUGGGGCUGGCGGGGGCUCAACGGGGGGGAGGGGGUCCCGGCAGCGGCCCUGGCAGCCCGGGCCUGGGCCUCAGCAGCCUCGGGGAGGAACGCUUCCCAGUGGUGAACACGGCCUACGGGCGAGUGCGCGGUGUGCGCCGCGAGCUCAACAACGAGAUCCUGGGCCCAGUCGUGCAGUUCUUGGGCGUGCCCUACGCCACGCCACCCCUGGGCGCCCGCCGAUUCCAGCCGCCUGAGGCACCCGCCUCCUGGCCCGGCGUGCGCAACGCCACCACCCUGCCGCCCGCCUGCCCGCAGAACUUGCACGGGGCGCUGCCGGCCAUCAUGCUGCCUGUGUGGUUCACCGACAACUUGGAGGCGGCUGCCACCUACGUGCAGAACCAGAGCGAGGACUGUCUGUACCUCAACCUCUACGUGCCCACCGAGGACGGUCCGCUCACAAAAAAACGUGACGAGGCGACGCUCAAUCCGCCAGACACAGAUAUCCGGGACUCUGGAAAGAAGCCUGUGAUGCUGUUUCUACAUGGUGGCUCCUACAUGGAAGGCACAGGGAACAUGUUUGAUGGCUCAGUCCUGGCUGCCUAUGGCAACGUCAUCGUAGCCACACUCAACUACCGUCUUGGGGUGCUCGGUUUUCUCAGCACUGGGGAUCAGGCUGCAAAAGGAAACUAUGGGCUCCUGGACCAGAUCCAGGCCCUACGCUGGCUCAGUGAAAACAUUGGCCACUUUGGGGGUGACCCCGAGCGCAUCACCAUCUUUGGGUCUGGGGCAGGAGCCUCCUGUGUCAAUCUGCUGAUCCUCUCCCACCAUUCGGAAGGACUUUUCCAGAAAGCCAUUGCCCAGAGUGGCACUGCCAUUUCCAGCUGGUCUGUCAACUACCAGCCGCUCAAGUACACGCGGCUGCUGGCAGCCAAGGUGGGCUGUGACCGAGAGGACAGUGCUGAAGCUGUGGAGUGUCUUCGCCGCAAGUCUUCCCGGGAACUGGUGGACCAGGAUGUACAGCCUGCCCGCUAUCACAUUGCCUUUGGGCCCGUGGUGGAUGGUGAUGUAGUUCCUGAUGACCCUGAGAUCCUCAUGCAGCAAGGAGAAUUCCUCAACUAUGACAUGCUUAUUGGAGUCAACCAGGGAGAGGGCCUCAAGUUUGUAGAGGACUCUGCAGAAAGUGAGGAUGGUGUGUCUGCCAGCGCCUUUGACUUCACUGUCUCCAACUUCGUGGACAACUUGUAUGGGUACCCAGAUGGCAAGGAUGUGCUGCGGGAGACCAUCAAGUUCAUGUACACAGACUGGGCUGAUCGUGACAAUGGUGAGAUGCGGCGGAAGACUCUGCUGGCGCUCUUUACAGAUCACCAGUGGGUGGCCCCAGCUGUGGCCACCGCCAAGCUGCAUGCCGAUUACCAGUCCCCUGUCUACUUUUAUACCUUCUACCAUCACUGCCAGGCUGAGGGCCGGCCAGAGUGGGCAGAUGCAGCACAUGGGGAUGAGCUGCCCUAUGUCUUUGGUGUGCCCAUGGUGGGUGCCACUGAUCUCUUCCCCUGCAACUUCUCUAAGAAUGACGUCAUGCUCAGCGCAGUGGUCAUGACCUACUGGACCAACUUCGCCAAGACUGGUGACCCUAACCAGCCGGUGCCCCAGGACACCAAGUUCAUCCACACCAAGCCAAAUCGCUUUGAAGAGGUGGUGUGGAGCAAGUUCAACAGCAAGGAGAAGCAGUACCUGCACAUUGGCUUGAAGCCACGUGUGCGUGACAACUACCGUGCCAACAAGGUUGCCUUCUGGCUGGAGCUUGUGCCCCACCUGCACAACCUGCACACCGAGCUCUUCACCACCACCACACGGCUGCCUCCCUAUGCCACGCGCUGGCCACCUCGCCCUCCCCCUGGUGCCCCAGGCACUCGCCGGCCUCUGCCACCUGCCACCCUGCCGCCUGAGCCCGAGCUUGAUCCAGGGCCACCAAGGACCUACGACCGCUUCCCAGGGGACUCACGAGACUACUCCACGGAGCUAAGUGUCACCGUGGCCGUGGGUGCCUCCCUCCUUUUUCUCAACAUCCUGGCCUUUGCUGCCCUCUACUACAAGCGGGACCGGCGGCAGGAGCUGCGGUGCAGGCGGCUUAGCCCACCUGGAGGCUCAGGCUCUGGUGUCCCUGGUGGGGGCCCUCUGCUUCCUGCCACUGGCCGCGAGCUGCCCCCAGAGGAGGAGCUGGUAUCAUUGCAGCUGAAGCGGGGUGGUGGUGUCGGGGCGGACCCUGCUGAGGCCCUGCGCCCUGCAUGCCCGCCCGACUACACCCUGGCCCUGCGCCGGGCACCAGACGAUGUGCCUCUCUUAGCCCCCGGGGCCCUGACCCUGCUGCCCAGUGGCCUGGGGCCACCCCCUCCCCCACCACCUCCUUCUCUCCAUCCCUUUGGGCCCUUCCCCCCUCCUCCCACUGCUACCAGCCACAACAACACGCUACCCCAUCCCCACUCCACCACUCGGGUAUAGGGGGCGGCUUGGGGAGGCCCUCCUCCCCAGCCUUCCCCAGCCCUGGUCACUCCAAAGGAAGGGAGGAGGACUUGGCAAUGGGCUUUUCUCCUGUGGAGUUGUCACAUCAUCGAGCAACACUAAGGUGGACAUGGGAUUCCUCACUGGGAUGUGUUUUUCCCAUGCAAAGAGGCCCAUUCUUUUCUCUGGACCUGGGCCUUUGAACAACUAGGGGGGUGUUUUCUGCCUUCCUUUGGGACACCAGUCUUCGGUGUGUGGAAAUGUGGAAGUCUUUUCCCACGUGGAGGCGUGCUUUCCUCAUGAGGGGGUGUUUUCCCAUGUGCAGGGUGAGGUUUUUUUUGCCGCCCUGGACACAUGUUGGCCCCCUCAAAUAAUUUCUGCGGGGAUUUGUACCCCAGAAUCCUGUUCCCUUAUGCCUUCUCCCCCCCCCAUCUCCUGGAGACCCUGGAAGUGAUGUGUUCACGUACAGUGACCCUUGGCCACCAGACAACCCAAGGUGGUGCCUGGGGAACAGCAAGGAAAUCACAGGCCCCCACCCCUGCUUCCCCCUCCACCCCAGCAAAGCAUGUUUCUCCCCCAUGGCACAAGUCAGAUGAAGCACGUUCUCCCAGGGAGGCUCUCACCUUCCACAGAUGACAGACACAGAUUUCCUGCCAGGGGGACGGGAAGAGAUCAGUGCAUCCCGGUGCUGCCUGGAAACUUAUUUUCCCAUGGUCCAGGACACAUUUCUCUGAGUGGAAACAUGUUCUUGCAUGUGGAUGUGUGUUUUCCCAGGCAGAGUGUCCCUCUGUCCCCAGCACUUCCCUGCAUCCCCUGGCCUCAGGCCCGGCACUCAAUUCCUCCUCACACAGCAGGUGGGAACAGAUUUCAAAUUGACAGAAGCUGAGGGGGAUGUACAAACCUUGAGGGAGGCCUGGGGCCCUCCCUCCCGGAGAGAUGCUGAGUCAGGGAUGGAGGGAUGUGGCAAAUGCCACCCACAGAGGCCAUGCAUGUUUGACCAAAGCCCUCAUGGGGCCUGAGGACAGCCUUUCCCUCAGUCCUCAGAUCAUUGCUCAUCCGUGCCAAACUGGGUAGGUGGGUUUGAAUGGGGUGGAAAGACUCAGAAUGUGCCAAGGAUCACCCAGUCCUAGGCCAGGACAGGGUAGAUGGUGGGGCCAAGUGAGAUACUGGGUAGGGAGACAUGGCAGCUAAGCGGCCCCCAUCUGUGUCUUGUCCUUGUGUCAUCCUUUCCUCUCUGCCUCAUUCUCCACCAUCUCUGUCUCCCUCUUUUAAACUGUCCCCAUCUCAGGGCCAGACCAACCUUAUCCCCUCUCCUUUGACCUGCCCCACCUUCCCUGGCUGCCAGGGCUAAGGAAAGGAUCAGUGGAAGGAGGAGGGGAGGGAACAGAGAAAGGUUUCUUGGGCAGGUUGGGGAAAGAAUGAGGUCAGCUGUGCUAGGAGCAGAUGGAGGAGGCCGUGGGGGACUGGGCUUGGGCAGACACCAGCAGGAAGAGUUUGAAAGGAAGUGUGUGAGGCCACUGCCCAGAGGUCCUUGGGUUUGGGCCUCUGGAGAAAAGAAUGAUAUAAGGAAGGGUUUUGAGGGACACAAGUAGAGGGGGAGCAAAUCCUCCUCUGUGUGGCUUUCUGUGGGAUGCAAGUGCCAAAUUAGGGGGUAGGUGCUGUCUUCCACUGAUGUCCAGAUCCAAAAACCCUGGUCUUGAGCCCCGGAACUUUGCCUCUUGACUGUCCCUUCUCCCACCUCCACCCAUGGAAACAUGGAAAUGUUCCUUUUUUGGCCUUUUCCCCUGCCUGGUCUAGCUCCUCUUGGAACAGCCAUGCCCUCCAAAUGCUAGUGACCUGGGCCCUGAGCCCUAUAGGCAGAUGUCCCCAGAAUAGGGGCAUGGGAGGGGGCUGGGGGACCCCAUGAUUCAGCCACGGACUCCAAUGCCCAGCCCCUCUUUCCGAACAAUCCCACCCCCCCCAACCCUUUGCGGCUCUGUACACAUUUUUAAACCUGGCAAAAGAUGAAGAGAAUAUUGUAAAUAUAAAAGUUUAACUGUU